AGCGCGCCCCCACGAUGCUCUCGCUGCGAACGAUUCGCUCUCCAACCAGCCGCGCUGCCAGACAAGUGCGCACCGCCGCUACCCAGGCGCAGAAGCGCGCCGGCGACAUCUCCGCCGCCUUUGCCUCGCUUUCGGGCCACGACUUUGAGCCUCUGGCGCCUGAAUAUGGCGCCCUAAAAACUCGCCUGAUUAGCGGCCGCGAACAUCAAGUACGAGAGUCAUGGCACCGCCUUCUUCGCGACCUCCGUGACGAGAUUCCGCACAUUGUCCAACAGGGCAGCAACAUCAUCCCCGAGAUUGACUUUGGAGACAUCGACAAUGCGCCCGACGCCUUUAGCACCGAGCUGCGGAAGCGGGGUGUCGCCGUCGUGAGGGGCGUCGUGCCAGAGCAGCAGGCGCUGCAAUGGAAAGAGGAUUUGAAAGAGUACAUUCGCCAGAAUCCCCAGACAAAGGCCUAUCCGCCCGGCAGCCCUCAGGUCUUUGAGCUCUACUGGUCGCGCGCCCAACUGCUCGCGCGCGGAAACCCCAAUCUCCUCAAGGCGCAUCGCUUCCUCAUGUCCUACUGGCACACGGCCAACCCGCACAUGCCGCUAUCGACAAGGCACCCCAUUAGCUACGCCGACCGCCUGCGCAUGCGCCAGCCCGGCGACGCCCAGUUUGCACUUGGACCUCACAUUGACGGAGGCAGCGUCGAGCGCUGGGACGAGCAAGGAUACGGCCAGGGAAAGGUCUACGACGCAAUCUGGAAGGGUCAGUGGGAGGACUUUGAUCCCUGGGAGGCCAGUUGCCGUCUAUCAGCCGUCCCCGAUCUCCACAAUGGCGUCGGAGCAUGCAGCGCAUUCCGCAUGUUCCAAGGCUGGCUCUCGCUCUCCACGACCGGCCCCCACCAAGGCACCCUGCUUGUCAACCCGCUCCUCGCAAAAGCCACGGCCUACUACCUCUUGCGGCCCUUUUUCUCGCCCAAGCGCGGCAUCGCCCCUGGCGCCCAAACCGCCUCGGACGCCAUGACAGACUCGGCCGCUUUCCUCGCGCCCGACAACUGGGAGCUCGACUCGCCCCAGACAUCGUGGCUCCAAGGCGCAACCCCAGGCCACGGCCAGGAACUCUCGCACCUCUUGCAUCCCCACCUGCACCUGCGCAAAUCCAUGAUCCACAUCCCAACCGUCCGGCCAGGAGACUACGUCGCAUGGCACUGCGACACGAUCCACAGCGUCGACAAGCGACACGCUGGCACCCAAGACUCGAGCGUCCUGUACAUUCCCGCCUGCCCCAUGACCGAAGACAAUGCCAAUUUCCUCGCCCGCCAGCGCGCCGCCUUUAUUCACGGCACCCCGAGCCCAGACUUUGGCAGCGGCAUUGGCGAAAGCGCACACGUGGGCCGUGUCAAGGUCGACCAUGUCCACGGCUUGGUUGGCGAACAAGGCUCCCGCGCCAUGGGCCUGCUCGAGUGGGACAGCGACCACCCUGAUUUGCGGCCCGGUGAAAAGGUCAUUCUCGAUAGGGCGAAUAAGAUUCUGGGGUUCUAUGAUUAGUCUUGUAAUACGUGGGCUUCUAAUUAAUAUCCAUGGCAUGUGGUAUGACAUAUGGUAUGUCAUAUGAUAUGUGGUGUGGUAUGUGAUGUGGUAAUGUGCAGACGUACAGUCUUUAAUAAUAUCUUAUCUUAUCUUGUAUCCGUUUUCGUAUUACUGCGUGCAUUACUCUUUUUUAAUUCCUGUGUUUUGCAAAUACUAUUAACGUGCAGAUAAAAAGAUGCCAACACGC